CCCCGGUACAAUCCCACAGAUUAGUGCUCGACGGGCAGGAUUUGUUGUCCAGGCACCUUAUUCAUUCAGAAGAACUCGCCGGUUCAGAGCUGGAUUUCUCUUUCGAUUUGAACGGAGCCCUGUCCGUAGACUCACCGUCUUCCCUUAUAUAAUUUUAAGAUGCAUUGUCUCCACGCGUAACUCCAGAGCAAGAUGAUUUUUAAGACCCCACACAUACACACACACACCAAGUGACCACAAGGUAACCAUGGCGGGUUUUACACGCUGCGAGAAUAUGCCGAUCAGUGUGUUUGAAGAGGCUGUAUGGAGGAGUCGUUAUUAUUUUUGCAGUCUUUGAUAGCAGAGCUAUGACAAUGUGUCACAUUCCCAGGGCCGUGGAAAGGUCUAAUCCCUUCCUUGAUUAACCACGCAUGGAUGGACUGCGUCGUGUCUAACUUUAGGACCUCGUCACAUUACUUUAACUGGUAUGCUUACGUCUUCAUCGUCCGAUAUAUUCCAUUUCAGUCGGUCCAGCAUCACUUCGUAAGCGAACACCCUGCUGUGCCAAAAUGAGGAGAGCUGUCCUAAAAGAGGCGGCCAAAAGAUUCCCCUGGCUGGCCAAUGUCACUUUGUACGGCUGCUUAUUUGCCGGCGGUGACCUCGUCCAUCAGCUCAUAGCUCAGAAGGAGCACAUAGACUGGAAACACACGCGCAACGUGGCCAUCGUGGCGAUCAGUUUCCAAGGGAAUUUCAAUUACUUCUGGUUACGGGCUCUGGAGCGGCGUUUCCCAGGAAAGUCUGCCGGCAUGGUUUUCCGUAAACUGCUCUUGGACCAAAGCUUCGCGUCGCCUUUGUCAACGAGUGUCUUCUACACGGGGGUGAGCUUCUUGGAGGGCAAAGAGGAUAUCUUUGAAGACUGGAGGGAGAAGUUCUUCAACACAUGGAAGACUGGACUCAUGUACUGGCCUUUCAUGCAGUUCUUAAACUUUGUGCUGAUGCCGUUGUACAUGCGAACAGCCUUCAUGGGCUGCUGCGCCUUCCUUUGGGCCACCUUCCUCUGUUUUUCACGGCAGAACGGUGACGGCACUGCAGCUGUGGCCCUGGCCUUUGUCAUGGACCCCCGCAAGACCCUAGAGGCGAUGCGUGAGGCCAGGCUGGAACGCAAGAAGCAGAGGGCCCAGAGGGCCCAAAGGGAGAACUAAGGCGAGGAGGGUGUUCCUCUCUUGCUCUUUUGGUCUUUGGUAGCCAGACAGAGAUUUUACACUCCACUUGAUCAGCACAGACUGACUAAAAGCAAUGUGGAGGCUGAAGGGCUAAGAGUAUUGGUUGGAAGACAAAAAGCAGUGUUGUGGACCUUGUCUACUACCUGCCAUAUACGCACACUAUGGGUUGAUGGAGAUUGAUAUACUUUUUGUUGAAGCUGCUGAUAGAUAAUAUAUUAUAUCAAGUUUGACAAUGUUCAUUACAAACAUCUCUCCAAAAUGAGUGUUCAGUGUUUCCUUAGGAGGUUCAGUCCUGUCAGGAUGAAAAAGCCUCUGAAACAGUCACUAAAACUCUUCACUAAAACUCAGGAUAAUGAUAAUGAUAUUUAUGUAUUUAUGCACAAGUGUGUGGAAUACUUGAAUAAAUUCAGGUUAAGGGUUUUCAGCGGAUAACCAGUGUAAUACUGAUCAGUUCUACACUAAAUGUUUGAUCACACAAGCUGCAUUAUAUUAGUGGUAAAUUAUGCUUACUGGCCAAUAUCAAAUUUUUAUUAAAAUGCUUCAGUUGGCUCCAUAUAUCGGCAAACUGAUGUUUCAGUCUUGCCCUAAUGCACACAUAAGCAUGUGUAUACUCACAUAUACUGUGUCAGGAGGACUGAAACACUGGAUGACAAGUUUAGAAAUGACUGGCACAGCUUGCACAGGACGGAGAAGGAAAUCAGACUGGAUGUAUAGAUGUUAUGCUUUGGAGGAGGAGAAUUGUGGCUUGUUGGUUUUUCAGUGAGGCGUAGCACCUUUGCAGUUAAGAUCUCAAUAUUUCUGUUUUACAUCAGUCGUGCCUUCUGUUGGUGACAAGACUGCACUGCCCAUAGGUCUGUAAUAAUUAAUACCUAUAGGUGUGUGUGUACGCACGCGUGAUUGUGUCCAUUCUAAAUUAAGUUUCUGUGUUUAGGGAUACACUGAUGUAUCAUGCUGAUAGUACACUGACUGGAAAGAUUCAGACUAAAACAUACCAUAUAAGGGUACAGGGGUGAUUGCUAAGUUUGUGACCUAAGUUAGAAGUAGUCAGAUACACACACACACACACACACACAUAUGUUCUCUGUGUGUGUGUGUGUGUGUGUGUGUGUGUGUGUGUGUGGAGUUCUUUGUAGUUGAUUGCAUGAAAGUUUUCCAGGGAGAUACUCAGGUCGGUGGUAAUGUCACACCCAGUUACUUGUCGAUCUACCACAAUGAUGUCAAGAAUGGUCUCCUCCAGUAAUCUCCUGUGUGGAAACGGUGUGGCUACCAUGACCUCGUGGACCUCCUUGGGUGUUAAGCCCUUGAAACUGAGCUAGAUGAUGACUGCAUGAUGGCUGAUGUAAUUAUCUGCAACCAAAAAACAACUCAAGUUAACUGCAAUCUUGUGGCAUAAUCGUUUCACAAGUUGAAGUACAAGCAAAUUCAGAGAAAAAAGUAUAGCUCAUCUCCUUCGAACUGAGGCCAUGAACUUAUCAGUCACCCCUCGUAUAUAACAGUUCACAAAUAAUUAACUUUGUGAUUAAGUAUAAUCACAAAGCUGUUGCAGUAACAUACCUUAAAGGGCUCCUGAACCUUUACAUGUCAAGGACACCUGCCCCAGAGAGAGGGCUUUCAGGUGACAUGACACACUGGUGGCCAUAUUGGAGGUCCUCCGCUUUUAGCAAACAGAAUAUUGUACAACUUGGCCAUUUCAGAAGAAUGUAAUAGCCAUACUUAAUGUUAGUAUUGAUUUUGACUAGGAAGUGGUCAUUUUGCCAUUGACAUAUCUGUACUCAUAGAUAUUGUGUGAAAAUGUCUGCUUGUUAGCCAGCUUACCAUAGUAUCAGUUACCUUCACUGUCUUGUUAACAUGUGGCUAACACCAGUGGUGGACAGUAACAACGUACAUUUACCUCAAUACUGGACAUUUUUCAAAUAUCUGUACUUUACUUGAAAAAGUUAUGACUUUUACUCCACUAUAUUUCAAACACAAAUAUUAUACUUUUGUCUUGACUACAUUUCUAUGAAGGUUGUUGUUACUCAUAACAUUUAAGGAUAGCUUUAAUUCUUUUUUUUUUUUCUAAAAUAUGUUUGUGUUUCUCACAAGAGGAAAAACAAUACCUGCUCUCAACUGGAUUGGAUUUAAAAACAGAAAUAUGCCAUCCAGCUCUGUGAAACAAUUUCCACUUUCAAAGUAAAACGCAUCCAUUCCAUUUUGUUAGCAAAGCACAGAUAAAUUGGCAGUAGUAAGUACAUUUGUGUAGCACAGUGGUUCUACAAAGUAAGUGCAUUCAUCAGGUGGUUUCAGAGAGUUACAACAAUCAGUAAGUGCAUUAUGAAUAAAAUACAAUAUGUUGUUGUUAAAAAAAAAAUGUACUUUUGAAUAUUUGGUUGUUUUUUUUUUUUUUUUUAAAGCAAGUACUUAAACUCAAAUACAAAAAAAAAAAAAAAAAAAAAAAAAAAAAGACUGAGUACCUUUCACUUGUAGUACAGUAAUAUUUGACCAGGAAAAUUUACACUUUGACUCAAGUAAUGGAGUAGUGUGCUUUGUCCACCACUGAACCACACAUUAGCUAAUAUCCAAUCAACCUUCCUCACAGCAGCCAUUAUGACAUUUAAUAGCAGGGCAAACACAGGUAUAAUUAAUGUCAUUAAUUCAAGUUCUCUUCCAUUUGGGACUAACACAGCCAGGGUCUUGGUCUUGUUCAUGAUGGCUUAAUUAAUUAAUGUUGACCUUGCUAUUUCAUAUCAUUGUGGCUUCUUUGAAAAAGGUCUACAGAGGCUGCAUGCCAACAUUAACAUCUGUUGUUUUGCUAAAUUAACCUGCUAGUUAGUUGACUUGCUAACACUUAUGUUAACUGAGUUGACUUGUCAUCCUAUAACUCUGAAUGUUUUGGAAUACACACUAGAGAGCUAAAGACAAUACCGUUAACUGUGUCACAGUAAGCUACAUUUUGAAAUAAAUCUAUUAUUAUCUAUCUAAUAUAUUUACUUUUACUUACAGCGCUACCAAAUCCUUACAGACACACAGCAGUUACCUGUUCUUGUUUGUUUGUUUGUUUUUGCCAGGCUGUUUCACAAUGGCCUAACCAUUAUUUGCCCAGUCAGUUCUACAGUGGACCUCCACAAAGGCGCCAGUUGUGCUUGUUGGGAAAUUUGUUAUGUGACUGAAACCCAUUUAUAGCUUGAUUCACUGUUGUGUUAUAAACAACAAAACAAACAUUUGAUUAUAUGAAAAUGCUGCAGAUUAUUACCUUAAAGCAAGUAAUAAACAGAAUAUGUAAAUCAUCAAAUCAUUAUGUUGUAGACAUGUUGUGUAUUUGAUCCUUUAAUGAUCCCAAGCACAUCAUAUCCAACUUAAAUAACUGAUGACUAAUGAUUAUUUAUUGCUACAGAUAGGAUAAGCAAUUGGCACUUGGUAUCCACAGUAGCUCAGAGUUGUGUGCUUGGUGAUGACUGAUGUUAGUGCAUUCCUACAUGUGUUCUGUCUCCCACUUUGACCUAAAGCUACACAAUCUUAAUCCUGUCCUCUUACUUUAAAUGUCUAAAAAUCAACUAGGUUGCCAUCAACCCAGAUACCUUAUAAUGUUAUACAUCCAGUUUAUGCUGACCUGUAGCUUAUCUAGACCCAUCAUCUGUACUCUUAAAGAGUUUUCAUCCUCAUUUUAGUGAAGCUGUGAGGAAAUGUUACUUCCAUUAUUGAGUAAAAUAUUCAAUAUAACAAUACACAACAACAAUAUAAAUACACUGGUAAGGGCUGGAUUACCCUAUUACUCACUGGAUGUAUACAUAUUAAACAUAAUACAUGGAUUUAGAUGAUACAGGCCUUCCAUUGUUUCAACUAAACAAAUUCUGGAAGCUCAGUAAUAUUUAUAUUUUACUUUCCCAAACACAAUUUCUUAGUUCACCCAUCAUUUACAUUUGUAAACAUGUAUUGGUGUAGUCAUGCACUUACUACAUGUACAAUACAGAAUAAACAUUAAGACUUAAGGAAUGUUACAUAUUGGUCAAACAAUGUAUGGAUGUAAUGUUUGGUUCACCGCAAAAAAAUUGAGAACCUUAGCUGUUAAGUUUGUACUGAUGGUUUCAGAUAUAGUAAGGGUGCUACUUUGUUAAUUCAACAUCACUCUGUUUGUAAUAAGCCUGACUGUCAUGAGUCAGUCAUGCCUAUUUUAACCAAAACAGUUCUGGCUCUUGAACUGUUUGGGAUUCUUUGAACCAAGGUGCUAACUUGUUUGACACUUUUUAUUAGAUCCUUUUGGAGUCUACCUACAACCUAAACCUACAAUAAAAAAAAAAAAAAAAGUUGAUAAUUUGAUCCUUCGUCUAACAAACCCAACUUUGCAAACUCUUCAGCAAUUUCAAGAUAAAAUUCAAGAUACUUUUUCCAGCAGUCUCUUCCCUUUUCCUGAAAUUCAGGAGAUACCCAAAUUGAGAGCAAUAGUUUUGUUUCUUUGGCAGACCACUGCAUGCCCUUCAGUUUUUCCAUUGUCUCCAUCUCUGCGUGUGGAAUAACACACACUCAAUUUGUCUGUUUUAAUGUUUAUUUCCACGUAAGGUGCUACUUUUUUUUUUGGUUUCAGCUAUUCAUGUUCCGAACCAAUUUAUUUUUGUUUGAAAUGUGCAAAAUGGUUCAAAAUUACAUUCGCAAACCAGAACAGAACCAGUUCCUGGUUGGUUGAAAAGUCCUUUCUGUGAUCUUCUUCAACACUUGAAUGUCCUUUUGACAAAGGACCAGACGGUAGAUCUAAGAUGAACAAUAUGGAAUGAAUAAACCAAGAGCAAAAUUCAGGUUAAUGGAACAAGAAAUGUUGACUCCUGUAAGGGUAUUCUAUUAUAGAUGGUAUAAUGACAGAUGCAUGCAGUAAAAUGAAACCAUGUGAAGUCACCCUUUCCAGUGAUGUUAGUACAGCUAAGCCAUGUUGAAGCAGAGCCUGGAGUGGCUCAUGACUUUAGAGAACAGCAGUAUCAAACCAUUGCCAUACAAAGAAUGUUCAAUAAAUACCCUUUCAAACAA